AAGUCACCACAUGGCACGAAUCACGAGCAAAUGGGUUGGCCAUUCGGAUGGGUUUCAGAUCUGAGAUGGAAAGAGACGUGUUCUAAAACCCAAUCCAUCGAUCGCGGCUUGUAGUCAGUCGUAUCUUCCUCCUCAAACCACGCGGUUGUUGGAAUCCAAUUCCAAAAUAAAAGCAAACUAUCACGCCCCCGCCCUCGAGAUCUCUCAUUUCCUUUUGCUUCUUCCCACGAAUUCAAUCCCCCCAGAAGAUUAAGCUUGGUUUCUCCUCCUGAUCUCGUUCCAAUUCUCUUCCCGUUUCUGCCGAGGGAAAAAGGAAAGAUCAUCCGAUUCCUUUUUGAGUGUAUUUGGCCGUUUUAUUUCCUUCGAUUUAUAGACCGAUCUGGUCCUGAGUCGAGAUCAGCUGAUUCGGGAGGCUAGCAGAAGCGGAUUGAUUAGGGCGAAGAAGCUUUGGGAGGAUUUGAAGCCCUAGGUUCUCGAAUCCGGCGGCAAGACCGGGGUCUGGCUCGAUUGAGGUCUUUGAGUCGAGCGGGAGGUUAGGGUUUUGAUUCGUUCUGUUGCCAUAAUGGGGAAGGUCGCGGUCGGGGCAGCUGUGGUGUGCGCGGCGGCGGCCGUCGCCGUGACGGCGCUCGUGGUGCGCCAUCGGAUGCGGAGCGCCGAGCGCUGGGCCCGUGCUGCCGCGGUGCUGAGGGAGCUCGAGGAGAAGUGCGCCACCCCGGUUGAGAAGCUUUGGGAGGUGGCCGACGCGAUGACGAAGGAGAUGCACGCCGGGCUCGAGUCGGAGGAUGUGAGCAAGCUCAAGAUGAUCAUUAGCUACGUCGACAAACUCCCCACCGGGGAUGAGAGAGGAUUAUUUUAUGCGUUGGACCUUGGAGGAACCAAUUUUCGCGUCUUGCGCGUGCAGCUAGGAGGAAGGGAAGGGCGUGUUGUCAGGCAAGAGGCUAAGGAGGUUUCAAUACCCCAUGAUUUGAUGGUCGGAAGAUCUGAUGAACUAUUUGAUUUUAUCGCUUCAGCUUUAGUGAAGUUUGUUGAUUUGGAAGGUGAAGAGUUUCACCUUCAUUCUGGCAGGCAGAGAGAACUCGGCUUCACCUUUUCCUUUCCGGUCAAGCAAACUUCUGUUGCUUCAGGCACUCUAAUCAAAUGGACAAAGGGUUUCAACAUAGAUGGCAUGGUUGGGGAAGAUGUUGUAUCUGAAUUGAAUAAGGCCCUACAAAGACAAGGUCUUGAUAUGCAAGUUGCAGCUUUGGUUAAUGAUACAGUUGGAACGCUAGCUGGUGGCAGGUAUGAUGAUACUGAUGUUGUCGCUGCUGUUAUAUUGGGUACUGGUACUAAUGCAGCAUAUGUUGAGCGUGCUGAUGCAAUUAAAAAGUGGAAAGGUCCGCUUCCUGGAUCGGGAGAAAUUGUCAUCAACAUGGAAUGGGGAAAUUUUAGCUCCUCUCACCUCCCAAUGACAGAAUAUGAUACUGCAUUAGAUGUUGAAAGUUUGAAUCCUGGUGACCAGAUCUUUGAGAAGCUCAUUUCAGGAAUGUAUCUUGGUGAAAUUGUCCGAAGAGUCCUGCUGAGAUUAGCUGUACAAACUGCUUUAUUUGGAGAUAAUGUACCCCCACAACUUGAAAUUCCAUUCGUAUUACGGACACCAGUCAUGUCCGCUAUGCAUCAUGAUACUUCAGCUGAUCUCAAAGUUGUCGGGGCCAAACUGAAGGAAUUCUUGGGGAUUUCUAGCACCUCCUUGAAAGCGAGAAAAGUGGUUGUCCAGAUCUGUGAUGUUGUUGCCAAGCGUGGGGCUCGGCUGGCUGCUGCAGGCAUAGUUGGGAUUCUGAAGAAGCUGGGACGGGAUGGCAGUGGAAUGCGAAGGACAGUGAUCGCUAUGGACGGUGGGCUUUACGAGCAUUACACUGUAUUCAGAGAAUGCUUGCACGGCGCCCUGAAUGAAAUGCUCGGAGAUGAGGCCUCUUCGUCUGUUGUCGUCAACCUCACUAACGAUGGAUCAGGCCUUGGCGCGUCUCUUCUUGCAGCCUCUCACUCUCGGUACCUUGAACAGUCCUAAGAGGAUUCCAAUACAAAAUAAAAUAAGGAAACCUGCGGUUUCUGCUUACCCUUU